AGUAUUCAAUCUUGCGUUGCCUUAUUCCUUACAACAGCUCCAACGUUUUUAUUUUAUAUUAAUUCACACAAAUCCAUUAAUAUUUUUAACAUCAUAAGAUAACAUUAAAAAAUGCCAGAACUUACAGAAUUUGAUAAAGCUGCAUCAUCGGAAGUUACAAAGACUGAAACAGUAGUCGAUGGUUCUGGAACUGAAUCAGAUUCAGAUGAUACAAUUCCAGAAUUGGAAGAUGUGGGUACAAGCAGUAAUGUUGGAUUUCAUGCAGCAAAUGUUUCCAGUUUACCUAAUGAUAUGAUUUCUAAAGCCAAACAAAGUCGAGGAGAAAAAAAGGCUAGAAAAUUAAUGAGUAAACUUGGUUUAAAAUUUGUUCCAGGUGUUAACAGGGUGACAAUUAGAAAAUCAAAAAAUAUUCUAUUUGUUAUUAAUAAGCCUGAUGUACUUAAAAAUCCAGCAUCAGACACAUACAUAAUUUUUGGUGAAGCUAAAAUUGAAGAUCUGAGUCAACAGGCACAAGUAGCAGCUGCAGAAAAAUUCAAAGAACCACCUGUUAUUUCAGCUGCUGAAGCCGGUGGUAGCACAACAGUGGUUGCCCCUAUACAGGAAGAAUCUGAAGAAGAAGUUGAUGAAACUGGAGUUGAUGAAAAUGAUAUUGAACUUGUUAUGAGUCAAGCUACUGCUUCUAGAGGGAAAGCUAUUAAAGCUCUUAAACAUAAUAAAAAUGACAUUGUUAAUGCAAUAAUGGAAUUAACUAUGUAAGAAAUCAGCUUAAAAAAUUAAACUUAUGUAUUACAGCAAGAUACAUUGAAAUACUAUUGUCAUGAAAGAACUAGUCUCAUCAAAUAGUUAA